AUGGGAAAUACUGACUCCAAAUCCAGUUCGAUUCUGCUGAACCAUUGCAUCGCUCUGGUUCGACCGGAGGACGCGGAUGCGUCCUCGCGUUCACCUACGUCCUCCCCUUCACCCUCCCCUUCAGCUAGCGCUGACCCAUUGGGCGUGAACCUCUCAAUCUUCAAGUUGGACGCUGGGCCUGAUGUUGAAGCGCUGUUCAGUGACAAGCUUGGCGUCUCGCUUGACGCCAACGUCAAUGUUGAUGCCGUUUUCAACGAUUUUUACCUGGACUUCAUAUCAAUGGACGUGCAGGACUUCCGUAUUAGUUCUAGUUUUAAAAAAAUUCUGCACAUAAUCUCAAAUUUGAACCCGCCCAACUUUAACAACUUGAUCGUUUUCCUUUCGCUUUACAUUAUCUUCUCCGCGAACUCGUUGCCCGUUACUCGCACGGGACUUCAGUCUUCGCGGCUUAUCAACGCCAUAAAGACCCUUUCCAUCCUCAUGCCCAUUUAUUUUGACCGGAUCAAGUCCAGCACGCAGGACCAUUACGACCUUUUUUGGGCUACGCAACAUGAAAUAGAGAUUCUUCCCCUGCAAAACAACCCGUUGGGAGAAAAACUACUGCUGGCGAUCUUGAAACUUGCCUUCCAGGAGAACUUCACUACUUCCGUGGCCGCUCACCCAGAGCAACUGUGGGAAAUCGGCAUCUUGACAAACUCCAACAAGUACCGCUCACUACUGAGUGUGCAUCAUCAGUGGCAACUUUUCGCCAACAGAUUACUUCUUCUGCGCCUGUUGACAGCUUUGUUUUCUUCGGACUUGUACACGAGCGGCAGUAGACAGGACAUAAACAUGUUUCUCGUCUACUGGUGCACGCAAAUGCCCAGGGAAAAGACCAUUCAAUUCACUUCCUCGCUGCUGAAUUGCACCACGCGGUUCGUGCUCAACAAUAAUAAGGAUUUCCAUAGUUUAAAGACUAAUUUUUUCAACUCCGACGCCACUGCAAACAAUUGGCAGACACUAUAUUUCCAGUUUGUCCAAUCUUGUUUGCACGUCUUGAAUCUUUCCAUGUCGUACAAGGCACAGGAUAACGUCGUAACUAUUUUCCUCACUCAGCUGCAACGAGAGUACGAUUUAAAACUAAUUUUGUCCAGUUUUAUCAAAAUCUUCAAGUACCCCAUUGAUCUUGCCAUAGAGCAAGAAUCGAACAUUUUCAACUUCACAAACAACAAACACAUCGACACUACUAGAAGGAGAGCUGUAUCUACUACCGCCCACGACAACCCUUCAUCCUCAAAUGCUUCCUCGCCCAGCUCAUCCUCGGCUGCAAAUUACACCAAAGCGCAAAUAAAGGCUCAAUUACCAGAUAUCCAUCCUUUGUUGGUACCUAUGACUAUUCUCAUGACAAACCUAAUAGAUUGUAAUAAGUGUUUUCAAAAUUAUUUUGCAGACAAGUUUGCGAAUAGAUUCAUCAUAUUUUCCAUUUACUACUUGAAAUAUUACGAUUGUUCAUCAUUAUCGUCAUCUUUAUCCGCAACGCGCCCAAAUUCAUCCACCACAAGCAAUGGUGCAUCCAAUGAUACGAGUGACGAGCGUUCUAUUGUAGAGCUAAAUGAAAACAAUGUUUCUCAGAUCCUAUUACCACUCCUCGAUCAUCUUCUGUUGAUUUUGACCUCCAAAAAACUUGUUCUCUUCAAAAUGCUGCAAACUUUCAACCUUAAUUAUUACACAAAUAAUCUGCCAAACUUUUACAAACUAUCCAACAUCAAUGGCGAUAUUAAUAAUUUGACAUUCAGAGAUUUUACAAUCAUACAGUUAUCGAAUAUGAUCUUGGACAAUAUCAAGUUUAACCUGCAACCAGACCCAAUUUUUUAUGAAUUAAUUUAUAACCUACUGCCCAUUAACGACGAAAUUUUAACAAGUUCUCGUGAAAAUGAUGAUUCGCAUGAUGAUUUAAUCUUACUAUCAGCGAAGAAGAAAAUUGCACCACCAAGUACUACUACCUCCAGUCAUGCAUCUUCGUCCAAACUAUCCUAUAAUGCUGCGAUGUCUCUGCUUUAUGUUCUUUCUAAGUCAUCGAAUAAGGUUUAUUUGACCACGUACGCAACACCCGUAUUCAAAUCAAGAGACGUGCCAUAUAUGAUAUCACCAGGUUUUAAGAUGGAUCUGUUGGCGCUAUUAUUAAGAUCAAUCACAAUUUUUUUUACCCUGUAUUUUGAAGAUGCAGAAAAUUUGCUAUUCGCAAUGGCAAGACAUCAGUCGAUUACAUAUCAAAUAAAUGAUUCCAUUAACUCCAUUUCCAAGGCUUUGGACAUGAAUCCAAAUUCAACUUUGCAUGUCAUGAACUUGAAGCAAAUGGGUUUCAAUAGGAAAGUUCAAUGGAAGGAUUACUAUCAAUUUGAAGAGAUAAUCGGUUUACCUCAAGUUAAUCUAUAUUCUUCGAAUCAACAACAACAGCAACAACAACAACAGCAGAACCAGCAACGAGGCCAAAAUGACAGUCGAGGCCAAAAUAAAAAUGAUGAUCAGAGUCAAGAUAACGAAUCUGCAAUCCCUUAUUUGCUUUUUGAUCCUGCUUUAUUAAAAAAUGAAACACCGGGGACAAUCAAACACCUUUCAAGUACAGACCACGAUAAAAAUUAUCAAGUUAUUGCGUUUAUCGAUUUUAAAUCAGAUACUAAUUUGAAUUUACAAAAUCAAUCGGAAUAUUGGCCGCAUAGACCUCAAUGGCCCACACAAUUGACUUUCACCCACAAAUGUAAAAACCUCAAAUAUGAGAACUUUAAUGAAGUUUGGUCUGGUACUACCUAUCUGCAGAUUAUUUUGCGGGUAAUCAAACAAAUUCUGUUGAAAGUCCCUGAAAUUCCGAGAAUCAAAUCAGUACAAUAUUUCGAAACUCUAUCGAAAUUAUCAGCUCUUAGAUCUGACAUAUUGACCACGAUUCAUUCUCGAUUGCCGCUGGAUGUCCGAAGAUUGACAACUUUCCAGCCUUUGUCGAUGCAUACCGAUGAGAAAUUGCAAAUGUGGUUUCAUAUUGUUACAUGGGCUAACAUAUUUACGCAAAUGUCAUUUAAAUAUGAAGAAACUUCCUCACAUGAAUUAAGGCACUUUGAAUCGCUACUUGACAUUAAUAUUGACGAAGGUGAUGGCAAUGCCAUUUCAAAACCAACGACAGACCGUUUGGGAUACAUUCGAAGAUCAAGGGGUCAAUCCUCAACCAGCUUAGAGAGAACAAUAAGCGCUGGGUCAGGUGUAGGUACCCCAACAACAGCUUUGAACAGAACAAAAAGUAAUGGAAGUGGUAAUCUGAUGAAUUACUUUUUUCAAAACUCAGCACAAAAUCACUUCCAGCAUUUGAGAUCAUCUUCAUCUUCAUCUUCCAUUACUUUAGAGAGAACCAUUUCUAAUAGUUCUUCAAUAAGGGCUAGGCCCAAUUCUCAUCAUGUUGCCCCUGAAUCUAAUAAUAGCAAUAAUUCUGCCAACAGUAAUGGAAACAACAGUAAUGGCGGAUUUUCUUUUUUCAAAUGGAAGUGGGGUGGCAAUAACAAUAAUGAUAGCAGUGAUGAUACAAAAAUUGGUCAAAGGGAUAAAAAUGCUAGUUCAUCAAACAUUGCUGAUGAUUUGAAUAGUUAUAUGUUCGACGAUCAAAUUAGUGCUGGCUUAGUGAACAAUAUAAUCGAGAGUAACAUUUGGGUUGGAACCGAUAUCCGACUAUUCAAGAUUGCAAACUUUAGGAAAGAAUCAUUUUCUUUCCUGGAAAUGACAUCUUCUUUCUUUAAAAAAUUUAAGUUCAUUAAUAGCGAUAAUGACAACUAUAAUAAUAACGAAUUUGAUGAUAAUGCACAGUUAAAGUAUACCUCUAGAGGGUUGUAUAGAUAG